AUGGGAGGGGGACUGGCUGGCGACGACGCCGACGAUGACUGCCUGGAGGACGAUGGAGAGGCAUUCGACGUGUACGGGCAACCUUUUCUAGAACUGGACGGGCAACCGAGAGACGCGGACGGCCCGCAAGAGUCUCAGGGCGAAGGAGACGACGAGGGGGAACGGCUAGCCGUCACGCAGCACGUUUCUUCAGAGAGGCGAGCACAGAGCGAUUCGCGAGUCGACUCAAGGAACCCACGCAGGAAUCCACCAUUAGAGCCCCUGGCGCCUAGGCGGUCGUGGUGGCGUCCGAUAAAGCUUCUACUGACUGGAGGGGCGCGGCCAGCAUCCAGCGGGGUCGGUGAGGCCGUGGCGACAGCGCAAGGGUCUAGGCGAGGGAAGGCGGCGACGGCUCAGGACCGGCAGGGAACGAAGCUCGACGUCGUCGAGGCUGCUCUUCGUGUUCCCCGGAAGUGCUCGUCGGCGAGGAUCCUCUCGACGCUGAAAGUGCGACGACUUGCGAAGCCCGCCGGCGCACAUGCGGAGGCUCCCGCGACCCGAGAGACGCAGGGAGACGCCAAGAAAGGGGACUACGCAGACGCCAGCGACGUUGUUUAUACUCCAGCUUCGCACCGAGCGGACAAAGAGGCGCCGAGCUCUUCUCGAAGAGAACAGACGCGGCCGCGGCCUGUCGAGCAGCGCCCCGGAGAAGCCUCUGCAGGAAACAAGUUCCGCGACUCCCUCACUGCAGGCGGAGCGGAGGGAAAGGACCAGAGCCAAGAGCCCCACCUACGAAGCGUGCCAUGGGGCGGAGGCGGAGAACGGCUUCGAUCUUGCCGCGCCCGGCCGAUUGCCUUCUGGGGCCUCGGCCCGCGACACUGGAGAAGCGAGACGUACCUUCAGGCUCAUCAGGUGCUCGGCCUCGACGGUGUCUGCGAACCGAAGCGGCGACGCGUGGGGGAGGCAGCCGGCGGCAGAGAGAGGAGCGCGCUCUCCGCGUCAGACGGGACAGGGGCGGCCACAGGCCGACUCAGCCAGACUCACCCGACAAGCGGAGACGUCUCACUUGGCAGACCAGCGGAAGAAGCGGAUGUGCGCGAGGCAAGCGCAGGUCUCGCUGAUCCCGUAGCCCGCAAUGCCACCUGCCUGUCUCGAGGCGCGCCGGCCAGAAGGCGGAGACGGUUGUGGGAAGAACUGCACGGUGCGCUGAAUCUGCCGCUUAUUUACUCGCUGAAUGUUGCUUCAUCGUCUUUGACGGACCACAGCACCGACGGCUUUGCGAGCGCGCUUUUGGCUGACCCAGCCCUGGGCGAGGGCCGUGGCGCCGCUCUCCUGGGCAACUCCCUCCUUCUCGCCUGCGCCGGAGACGCCUGUGGGCCGCCUCUGGGCGGCAUUCAGGGCAUCCCUGGCUCGCGCUUUCGCUCCAGGGUUUUCCUCCUCGGAAGAGAGCGCAGAGCGCUGAAACGACAGGCGGCGAAACUGCAGAGCCUACGGGACAGUUUCUGGCGCCACUGCUUCUUUAGGAACGCCCCCUGCGUGUGGCUGUCUGCCCCAGCGACUUCCGCCUCUUUGUCGGGCCUCAUGCCGCUCGCAGAGAAAACGAAGAAAACGUUUUCGUGGCGGACGUUCCUUGGCCUGUCGCCUGAGCUCUCCGAGGACGUACUGGCUCCGCUUCGGGACGCUGCGAGCGGCGAAGAAAGUGGCCUGACGGCUGCGGCUCAGGGCGAGGGGUGUGAAGUGGAGACGGUUCAGUGGAGGAGACUCCUUCAUCUUCUCGAAUGGAGGACGCUUUCGUCGUUUGUCUCGUCGCUUCUCCGAGGGCAGCGGCCUGUCGCCCGGGCCUCGUGUCGCUCGCGGUCGCCGCCCUUCUCCCAAAACUCUGCGACAGCCACAACCGCACUUCCUAAAGAUGAAUCUGUCUCCGUACAGCGCGCAACCGGCGAGACCAGCUUCUCGUUCGCGGACAUUCCUGUGGAGGCGCUUCAAGACGCUAUGCGUUUUUUCGCAUUCGGAGGAACUAUCCUCUCGUACUCGCAGUUCAUUGCGGAGAACCCCGCCCUCGUUGAAAUCGAGUCCAAGAAAACCGACACAGGGCUGGGAUCUGCUGAGGAAAGCCCCCUGUCGGCGGCGAGCAACCUGGCUGUUCCCUGCGGCGCUCACUCGCAGGCUUGUUUGCCUCCCCGCACCACAUCAGUCCCUGUGCCUUCACCUGCGAGGCGCCGCCUAUUUCCGAAGGUUCAAGUGCUAGGGGACGACAAGCACGACGACAGCAGAGAAAACGCGGACGCAUUUGAAGAACCAGGGGGCGAGCUCGUACCGUUGAAUCUCUGGGCGUUACCGCAGACCCCGCUCUUUGACGUAUUGUCCUUUUUUCAUCGAUUUCUAGGUAAGUUGAGCGGCAACUUACUGGAGCUGCCCACGUACGCCCUUCCAUUCUAUCGACGCGCCCACGUUGAGAUCUUCCCCUUCAAGGACCUCGAUAUCAUCUGCAAUACUCACGGCAAGCGGACGAUUCGGGUGCCUCGAAAAGGAGGGAAAACGCAAUUGUCCUUGUCGCCGCGGUCCUGCUAUGGAUAUGAGAAAGUGACGGCUGCAUCACCAGCCCACGGCGGAAGGCGGCACACUCGGCUAGUUUACUCGACGCCGCUGUACCGGUUCCAGCAGAGCCACCAAUCUGCAGUGGCUGGCGCGGUUGACGGUCGCUUGCACGAGAGGAGUCCGGAAGUCCCUGUUGUCGGCGCGGGAGUUCACGCAGCAGGCGGACUGCCGCCUUGGUCUGACGGUAGUUCCCACGCCAACCUGUUUGUCAUUGCCGACGGAGGGAGAAGAUUGGAGCCUCAGGUGUGGCCGCAAACUCUGCACCAACUCGACCCCGUCCGGCCCGGUGCUACCAUCUCCAUUUUCUCCGUGGGACCUGCUUUUUGUAUACGCGAGGACGCGCCUGCGAGCGCCAUGCUGGGCGGCGCCUCCGUCCUGGCUUUUCCACAACGCCUUACCCAAGGCUGGUCGGACUUCGUCUGGUACGACGUGAACUUGGGCGGGCACAGCGAGGAGACGGUCUAUCGCGGGGCCUGUAGUCAAACACAGCCAAACACGGCCAUUUCAGCGGCUGAUAAAUCUGGCACUCUGGCUGUGCGAUCCAGCAGGCACAGCAGCUCUGUUUAUGUGUUCUCUGACCGCGGGGAACUUUUGGGCCAACAUCUUGUGUCCGCAAACGUCACCGAAAACGCGAGAGGCAACAGAGGACAGUCAGCACACGAAGAGCCUUUGCAUCCGGAUGAACUGUGGUUUGAAGUACAAGUGCCGCCCGAAGUCAGGAAGGUUGUUGUACUAAGUUCGUCCUUCGGUGCGGGGUCUCGUGCAUCCCCUCAUGAGACAGUUCGUCCGCGACCGUCCUGGAGAAGCCGCUUCAAGCAAUUGAUUAGUUGCGUCCGUCAGCUAUUGAGCGUCCUUUGCCAUUUGUCAGUAAAACAUACCGCGGCGGUUGACUCGUAUCCGAAGCGUCGGCAAGACAGUGCAAGAAGAGCCCUCUUCAAGACGCCACGCGGAGGGCGCGUGCAUGAGCUGCUUUGGCGAUCGUCGCCGUUGGAACCGACCAAGAGGUGUAUCGGUUUGCGGGGGGAGCCGCAGCUCUAUUCAGGCGUCGCUCUGCAAGCGUUCCUAGAACGGUGGGGGUUCACUGAUGCCCAACCCCGGAGCCUGACAAAGGAACCCGCUCCUCUAACGAAGCAGCAUCCACUGACGACACCUAAACGUACUACGGUCCACGUUCAUCUUCAACGUGCCCGAGUGGCAGCUUGGAGGCGUAUACCACAUACUGAAAGUUUUCCCAGGCAAGCCGUUGCAGCGGGCACCUUCUGGGUAGGAGCAGCGGCGGUCGUCACCCACGGCAUUUCUGGCUACGCGACGGAUGUACCACAAGGGAUGAGACCUGGAGAAAACCACAUCGAGCUACUUGAGGAAAAAGGAGGGUUCGCAGGAGGAGUCAGCAUCCAGGAGGUUCUGUAUGGCAGCCACAGUUCUGUUCUUUCGUUCGCGGAAUGCGUGCUUGCCGGAGCCGUCAUCCUCCUAGCCGGUCUCAUGCUUCUUGUCCUGUUCGGAAUACUUAUUCGGAUGUUCCACCAAAGAUACCAGGGGAGUGUGUUCACUGGAAAAGAGGUUCUCUUCCGGCAGAUUGUCCAGUCUUUCGACCCCGCUGAACUAGACAGCCCCUCCAAUUCGAGAGCAGUAUCUCCCGUUAACGGUCAAAGCGAUCCGCUGAGAUGCCACUGGCGCCGAUGA